GGCCAUGGCCGGUAGCAGAGCAGGGGAACGGGGAGGGUUGGAAGCUGCCGUGAGGGGUGGGCUCCGCGUCUUGCGGGAGCGGUGGAUGCGUGGGAACCGCGAACGCGCAAUUCCCACGCAUCCAGCGCUCCCGGAGGACGCGGAGGAGGUGAGCGCCCUGCAGACUCUACCGAUCGACGUGCAGCUGAACAUCAUGUCAUUCCUUUCGCCGCAAGAUUUGUGCAGUUUGGGAAGCACGAGUUGUUACUGGAGGGCGGCUGUGCAAGAUCCGUUGUUGUGGAGGUAUUUUCUCCUGAGGGAUCUCCCCUUUUGGACUUCUGUUGAUUGGAAAUCGCUCCCAGAUGUGGAGAUUUUUAAUAAAGCCUUUUCAGAGGUCAGUGAUAAUGCGCUGCACAAUUACAUGGAAGUAUAUAAAAAAAGCUGUCCCCAGAACAGAAGAAGUUUGAAAUCGAGCCGUCCUCGAUAUGCAGCUGUGACAUCCUUUUUGCAGUCACUGGUCACUCAGGCAGAACCUCGCUUUGCUAUGUUUGGACCAGGUUUGGAAGAGCUGGAUGACUCUUUAGUGAAAAAGAUGAUGACAUGCCCAGAAAUUCUACUAGUAGCUGGCCUACCUCAAAGGCAAAUUCAUGGAAUUGGAUCAGGAGUCACUUUUCAGUUUAAUAACAAUCAAAAGUUCAAUAUUCUGACAUUGUAUUCAACCACCAGUGUGGAAAGGAGGAGAGCAAGGACGGAGCAAGCUGUUGUUGCGAAUAAGAUGUUCUACCAAGAGAACAGCGUAGUAGGGAAUCAGCAAGCUGUGCAUUACAAUGUAAUAGCUCAAGUUAAAAGGGUGUGCGAAGUAGUUGAUGGAUUCAUUUAUGUUGCUAAUGCAGAAGCUCAUAAAAAGCAUGAUCGUCAAGAGGAACUGGCUCGUAUUUUGGCAAUGAUUGAUCCAGCCCUUGGGCCUCCAAAUAGACCUCUGCUAGUUUUGUCUUGUGUCUCUCAUGUGGAUGUCAAAAGAAUUCCAUGUGUUUACAUGGCACAUCAGUUGCAACUAAAUCUGCUACAUCAGCCUUGGAUGGUGCAGGACACUGUAGCUGCAACUUUAGAUGGAUUGCUAAGUGGAAUUGAGUGGCUUUUAGAAGAAGCAGAUUGUAAAAAUGCUCAGUAAUGGAAAUGUGCAUUGUUCUAAUGUAUAGAGAGUUUGGUGGUUUGCAAUUCAGAUGAAGUGACACACUACUGUCAGGAGAAAGAUUUUAAAAACCUGCAUCUAUUACACUGCACAUACUCUAAUAGCUAACAUUCUUCAAACAGUAUAACUAACAUAUUCUAACUAUCCUGCAUGAGAAGUACAAGUAGGGUUGCCUGGGUUCCAGCAGGUGAUGAGGUGAUUUGGGAGGGCAAUCUGAGUGAUUUGUUUUCUUUCUUUUUCAAAGGGCCUCUAAAAUGUAAUCUUUUCUCAAUGUAUCUGAUAAUCUGAUCUCUUGUAAGUAUACCUAGCGCUAGGUUAGUUCCUCAGUGCAGCCCUAAGGCACGCAUCACACGUUUAGUAAAAAUAUUAAGUGAUGAUCUUGGCAGUGACAGUUCCCACCCAAAGAAAACGUGCUGCACGUUAUACAGAAAGACACCAUUGCUUUCAAAAGAGUAAUUACAUCGUAUUACAGAAAUUACAAAAGAGUAAUUACAUCGUUUAGAGCAACGAAGCUGGUGAAGGGGCUGGAGAACAAGUCUGACGAGGAGCGGCUGAGAGAGCUGGGGUUGUUUAGCCUGGAGAAGAGGAGGCUGAGGGGAGACCUUAUUGCUCUCUGCAACUACCUGAAAGGAGGUUGUGGAGAGGAGGGAGCUGGCCUCUUCUCCCAAGUGACAGGGGACAGGACAAGAGGGAAUGGCCUCAAGCUGCACCAGGGGAGGUUCAGGUUGGAUAUCAGAAAAAAAUUCUUCACAGUAAGAGUCAUUGGGUACUGGCAGAGGCUGCCCAGGGAGGUGGUCGAGUCGCCUUCCCUGGAGGUGUUUAAGGAACGGUGGAUGAAGUGCUGAGGGACAUGGUUUAGGGAGUGUUAGGAAUGGUUGGAAUCGAUGAUCCAAUGGGUCCUUUCCAACCUUGUGAUUCUGAUUCUGUGAUUCUGUAUGUUUCUAGAAACAAUACAUGGACAAGAACUAGCACUUGUCAGACUAUCUUCUGCCCAGACCAGAAUUCCUAGAAGCAAACAAACUACUAGGAAUGAAUUGGUUGUUUUUUGUUUGUGAUCUUAUUUACUAACCAACAACAAAGGAUUUGCAGCAUCUUUUGCCUUCUGUUUUCAGUGUAAUUGUUAGCGUGAACUAGACAUACUUUUGAUGCCAUGAACACAUGUUAAAUAAGACCAUAAGUACCUCAGGAACUUCACCAAAUAGCACCUCACAGUUACUUAAGUAGUUCUGGUCAUUUACAGGUGAGAAGUGUAUUCAGCUUGAAAUUUUCUACACAGCUGCAAAUAUUUUUAUAGAAAUGGAAGCAACAUUUUACAGCUGCAAUUGCAUUUUGCAUAUUGAUGUCUUUUGGGACUAGUCCUAGUUUUCCAGCUUUUACGGCUUCUUUAAUUAUUGGAUGAAUGUUCAGAAACUUCACUUGGAUUUCUUGCCUAUGCACUUAUUUGUUUUGUUCUGGAGUUGUUUGUGGUUUGUUUGUUUUUUUUUUUCUUUCCAUGGAAGUGCAAUAAUGGUCACAUUCUUUUUCUUAGUAUCUGGAUUUAUGUCUGCGUGGUGCACAGUCAGCUGUAAGUGUCCUCAAUGUAGUGUAUGUGUGUGAUGCUUGACACAGCUACAAUCAGAAACAUUCCAUUUGAGGAAUCUUUUUUAUUUUCUUUAUUUGUUUUUUUUUUUUUAAUUAACUAGGACAGGCACAGGAAAUAACUUUUUUUUUUUUCCUUUUCAUCUUUAUGCACAAUUAACUCAGAUUUUUCCAGUUGGUUUUAUAUGUCUUCUAAUUGCAACAUCAUGGGAGUUUCAAGGGAAAAUCCAUGGGAAAGCUAUACUGUGAUAAUCCUGUGUUUUAUCCUUUUUUUUUUUCUUAAAGGCUUUCUUAAAUACUUUGUCUUUUAAAAUAGAGGAGACGCUAAAGAUUGAGUGUUGAGGAGAAAUUCCAUGGUUUGUGACUGAGUGUUUGUGACUUGCUGCUUGUCAUAGUAAUUCUGUAAUGAUCUGUAGGGGGUUGAAUACAGCAACCUGUUGCUGUGAUAGCUAGUACCUAUAUGUUUGUUUAUGCAAGAUACUCAUUCUUCUUUCUUCAUAAGGAAAAAAAAUAUUUUAUAAAGAGUGAUAUCUCUGUGUGUGUUAAGUCCUCUUUGCAUGCAUGCACACAUACACUCACACACAGUCAUGAUGCCUAACAGAUAACAAAUUAUCGUCAUCAUUAGUCAUUAAUGAACAAUGUUAUUGUGUGUUACCUGUUUGACACACUUAUUCACUGUCAUUUUAAAAGGUCAUGAUAACAUAAAGAAUAUAGUUUUUCUCAAUCUAAAGAACAUCAAUUAACUUAAAGAUAGGAUAACAUAAAGAAUUAAGAUUUAUAAGUUAGAAAGAUGCAGCUUAGGAAACAACCAGUGGGAAUUGAAAUUUCAUGCAACUACAGAGCUCCAGCAUCAUAAGAAUCACAGAGCUGGUGGGGUAGCUUGAAUGAUUGGGUACUGUGGUAGAUACAGGCAAGGAAAAGGAGCACCUGGGUUGUGCGGCGGAGCAACUUAGAAGCAUAGAGGUAUACUAUGGAAGAGUCAACCAUCCUAUUGAGAAUUCAUAUGCAAAAUAAGCUGCAGAGGUGCGCUGCAGAUAGAAUUAUCACUAUCUUUCAGAUUUCUCCUAAAAUAUUGUUAUUUAAUUUCCUGAGUCUCGUGAGUUUAGUCCGUCAGAUUGACAAUACGUGUGAUUUGUUCUAUAACUCAUUUACUAAGGCUUCUGAGCAGCUUUCAUUAAAAGAAAGUGACUGUGGGGGUGCUAAUUUUCAAGUCAGAAACUUUGAAUAAAAAAAAUGUCUGCUACCAGCCUCAAAGCAGUAUGUGAGAGUACCUGCCAAGCUCACAGGACAAAGGAAGCAGCACACGGAUUUGUCCCUGUAACUUGCUGGCUGUCUUGCAAUUUCACAUCUGGAAGCGAUUGCAGAGCCUCCAAAGCCAGGGAAGCAGUGGGGACCCUUCUCUUCCAUGUAACUUCAGAAGGGAGUUGUGGCUUGCUGCGUGUCCCACUGGAUGGCACUGCUGAUCCACAUCAGCCGCUGAUCUGUUCAGGCAGCAUCCGUACCCCGUUUGCCAAAAUUGCUCCAAAUAAUUAGUUUUAAUCCCUUCUCAGAGAAGGCAGCAAGCAGAUGCAGUUAUAAAAAAGCCUAUGAGAAAUAAACAUGUUUUUCAAAGGCGUGUAGAUAGGGAAUAUGCUACUGCUCUUAAUCCAGUGCAUAUCAAUACUGAUUUCUAUAGUAGGGUGAGUGUUUCAGCUAAAGAGAGCUCUAUAGUUGGUGUUGGGAAAAACGUACAGAAAUAAUUGUGGGUAUCACUGCAAGGUUACAGGGCUGGUUAAAGAAUGUGAUACUAUAGCUAGAGCUUGUGCUUAAAUCUCAGGCUGGAGCACUUUUGCACACAGGCUGCUCUCAGGUCCCUCAGGAGAAUGAAACUAGAAAUCAAGAAUGUAGGUAGGCGUAACGCAGAGAGAUUCAGUGAGUGAGAUAGAGCAAAUAACAAUAUGGGGUGAAUCUGCAUAGAAGAGCCUACUUAAGAACCAGAACGAUUAGGUUGCCUCCCACACUUGAUCACUCCACCUCCAGUAUUAUAUUUGCUGUGUUUGACCUUUUCAUCAGGGAGGUCACAGCUGGUCCAGGGUCAGGCAGAAAGUCCACAGUUUGUGCUGUGCAACUGCUCACAGCUGCCAGUCUGGGCGUUGCUGGCCAAGGUCCCUGGGUACGUGCUUUAAUCUCUUAACCAUCUUAGUGGCCCCUUGCUGGAUUGUCUCUAGUUUGUAUCUCACAUACUGCAGGCUCAAAACCAGGCACCCUGCUCCAGAUUCAGACCCCCAAGUCCUGCAAUUGGUGUCGAUGUAGCUCAGUACGUAGCUGGCCUUUACCACUGCAUGGACACACUGCUGGAUCUGGGUUCACUGGUCCAUCAGGAGCUCAAGUUCCCUUUGUGGAGUAGCUCCUGCACCAGUGAUUCCCUGACCUGCACGUGUACAUUGUGUUCGAUCCCAGGUGCAGGAGUUCUGUUUGUCUUUGCUCAGCAUCUUCCUGAAGCCCCUGUUAGCCAUUUGAAGGUAUGCUUGCUAUAUUUCUGGCUGUGCUUGCAUAAGGAGCGCUUUUCCAUAGUAUCGCAGGGAAAACUGGCCCUGCAGGUGACACCAUGCAGAAUCAGCCAGAUGAUGAGAGAAAAAAAGGCAUUCAGUCUUUUCCCAAAGGCUGAAAUAAAUCAAGCCAUCUGCUCCAUCAGAGAGUUGAACACUACUAAUCUUAGAGUCUUGAAAUCAAUUUCUCCAUGGUUUGGCAGACUGAUGAUAGAUGGAAACUGUGAACAUGAAAGUCUGAUACUGUCCCAGGAGUACGUUUUAUAAAGCUCUGUAAAGUCUUGCAUUGUGAAAUGAUCCUGAUAACAAUCCAGAAACACCUUCUGUACUCAUUAAACUAAUACUGCAAAGUGGUAACAAUAAAAUAGACUUCUAUUUGUUCUCUGGAAUCACUAUCAGAGAACUGAGGUAGGUUGGGAGGGAUUGAGGGCUGUAAUUCCUAUUCAGUUGAUAAAGGGAUAUAAUUUUGGUGUCACAUCUUUCCUGUUUUCUCCACGGACUUGACUGAUGGUGGCAGUUCCGCAGACUGAGGUCAGGGGAGAUGUUCUACAAAUGUGAGCAUAUAAGAGCUGCUCUCCAAGAACACAACCAAGCCUUUUUCUCUACUUUGAAUCAAGUCCAGCUUGUCUUACAUGAAAGCUUUUUAUACAAAUUUCCUAAGUGAAUCAAUGUACAAACAGCAGUUGCUUAAAAGAGUCCUUUAAGACUGAUAGUAUUUACAGCCAAUUACCUUUCAAAUUCAGCUGGAUUAAUCUUAUAUUUUGUGGAGAUAUAAAGACAUUUGAUGUGUAUGUAAGCAGUAGCUUAUAUUUCACCUGCAUAUAUGCCAUACAUUAAAUUCUGUGUGAUAAAUGAUUUAAAAUUAUGUCAUAUGUCUGAAUCACAAGGACUUAGGUAAAUGAGUUAACUGAGAAUUCUCAUUGUAGAAUAUAAUCUUCGUUCAUCACAUUCAGACCUGGCACAGUGUAGCAUAAGGAUACACUGAUACAGCUGCACAUUACACUUUUAAAAAGGCAAGCUAUUUGCAAAACAAUAAAUGCAAAUUAUAAGUUUAACUAAUGAAAGGAUUAAAAGAAUAUUAUGUUUUUCCAAAACUAGAGACUCAAUUUGUGUAGAAAUAUAAAUUAUUGACAGCAAAGAACCUAAUUACUGAUUACUGGUGCGUUCAUAGAAAAUGAGUGGAGCAAGUCUGAGUAUAAUCAACAUAUGGUUGAAUUGUGCACUUGAAUUCAAGCAUCUUUCAGUCUUUUGUUGAAUAUACUUGCUGCUGAUCCAAUAUCAAUAUCCUUCUUUUCAUCUGAUAUACCUGAACGGGUUUUGGGCUUGCUAAAAACAAGAAAACCUUCCACAAAGUAUUUAUAUUUUUAACUUGCAUUUCACCACAGGAAGUGGUGAUGUAAAUCAGCUGGUGUACAGAUACACAAUGAGACAUUUUUCCCCUAGGAGCUCUCUGAUAACUUGUUCCGGUCACAACUAGAUAAUUUAGAAAUAAAUGAAAAAUUAAGUAAAUUAAAGGAAGUAUUGGUGUAAGAUUUUUAGGAGUUACUUGGCAUUCCUAAGUGUUCCUGAGAUUGAAAUAGUUUGAGGAGCCCAACCAAAAAGAAGGCAUUGGAAACUGCUGCCACAGUAACCAACAAGUUGCAUGUUAGGCACCCAGAAUCACCAGUCAUGGAAAAUUCUGGCCAACAUCCAAAACCUGAUGGCGGUAUUUCCACGUAGCCGUUAUCUAUGGGUAUUCAUACUGCCACCUGAGGGAAGAAUCACCCCCUCAGUUCUCACACUGUGAGCACGAGGCUUGCAGUCAGCUCCUAUACUUUCUCACAGGGGUGUAUUCUGUGUGACUUUGGUCUCUAAGCACAGCAGUUUCUUUCCUGCUUUGUUAUUCUGUGCACCAAAUUUAUUUCAUUGGCCUGACCCGUGAUUUGCUCAGCAGAUCAUUCUGAAGUCGGGUAGAAGGAACUGCAGAACAGUGCUUCGUUUAGAGCUUGGCGCCCACAUGACAUUCUGCACUGAGGUGUAGCCGUAUGCCAGGAAUCAUCUCCUAAUCCUAAUCACAUCCCAGGUGUAUAAAUUUAACCCUUAUUUGAGUACCCAGAACUGCAUUCACUGGGAGAAAUGGAGGUCUUAGAAUGUUUGACUCACAUCCACAGAAUUUCGAUAGUUAUGAUAUGAUAUAUAGUUCAAGUCCUGAAGUCUGACCUAGUCAAAAUGUUGCUUGGAUGUUUCUGUGUUUAUAUGUUGCUAGUUUGAUUUUUUUUUUUUAUGUGCACUUCAAAGUGGAACAGAGAUAUUUGGAUACUGUAAUAUCAGCGUUGCCACAGCAUUCCUUGCAGUGGCGGAAAGGUCAGUUGGCUUCCAGAGAGGUGCUUGCAACGUACUCAGAGAUCAUCAGACUGCAUAUUUAUCUAAGCACAGGUAGAAUUUGACGUGACAGCUAGGGCACCACUCCUCAGAAUGGUAUUUUCUUCCAAACAUUUCUGUGAAAUAUCUGAACAGACUUGUCUAUGUUUGAAAGUUGUCUCCAAUUGAGGAGUAAAUUCAACAAAAAAUUGCUAUUCUUGAACAACUGCAAAUAGGGCCACUCAUAUUCCAAAACAGGAGCAUUCUGUUCAUUCAAAGUGUGUUGAACUACACCAGAAGAACAUAUUAUUGUCCCAGGAAAAGAGCAUUAGCACACCAGAUUUAUAUUCAGGGAUAAAAUGUUGUAAAAUGGUUCCAGGGUAACUUCACAGAAGCUAAGUUUUAAAUCGUAGAAUCAUAGAAUCAUUAGGUUGGAAAAGACCUUAGAGAUCAACUCCAACUGUACCUGUCUACUACUAAAUCUUGGCCCCAGGCACCACAUCUAGCCACCUUUUAAGUACCUCUAGAGAUUGUGACUCAAACACCUCCCUGGGCAGCCUGUUCCAGUGCUUGAGAACCAUUUCUGUGAAGAAAUUUUUCCGAAGAAGAAUCCUCCUUUUAGAUAAUUGUAGAGAGCAAUAAGGUCUCCCCUCAGCCUCCUCUUCUCCAGGUCUAAACAAACCGAGUUGCUUCAGCCACUCCCCAGAAGACUUGUUCUCCAGCCCGUUCACCAGCUCCAUCGCUCUUCUCUGGACACACUCCAGGACCUCCGUGUCUUUCUUGUGGUGAGGGGCCUAGAAAUGAACACAGCAUUCGAGGUGUGGUCUCACCAGUGCUGAGUACAGAGGGAGAGUCCCCUCCCUGGACCUGCUGGUCAUGCCAUUUCUGAUCCAAGACAAGAUGCCAUUGGCCUUCUUGACCACCCUUCUUGGGCACACUGCUGGCUCAUGGUCAGUCCUUGUCAACCAACCCCCCCAGGUCCUUCUCACCCAGGCAGCUCUCCAGCCACUCUUCCCCCAUUCUGUAGCGCUGCACGGGGUUGAUGUGCCCCAAGUGCAGGACCCGGCAUUUGGCCUUGUUAAACCUCAUGCCAUUGGUCUGAGCCCAUCGGUCCAGCCUGUUCAGAUCCCUUUGGAGCCUCCCUGCCCUCCAGCAGAUCCAACUUCCACCCAACUUGGUGUCAUGCACAAACUUACUUGGGGUGCAUUCGAUCCCCUCAUCCAGGUCAUUGGUAAAGACACUGAACAGGGCUGGACCCAGCACCAAGCCCUGGGGGACAUCACUUGUGUUCAGCCUCCAGCUGGAGUUAACUCCAUUCCCCACCACUCUCUGGGCCCGGCCAUCCAAACAGUUUUCCACCCAGGAGAGCGUGUGCCUGUCCAGGCCAGUGGUAGCCAGUUUCUCAGGUGGGUACUGUGAGAUACUGUGUCAAAGGCUUUACUGAAGUCCAGGUACACUACAUCCAGAGAUUUUCCCUCACCCAUCAAGGGGAUCUGUUUGUCACAGAAGGAGAUCAGGUUAGUUUGGCAGGACCUGCCUUUCAUAAACCUGUGCUGAGUGGGCCUGAUCACCCGGUUGUCCUUUUGUGCUAUGAGAUGGCACCCAAGAUGAUCUGCUCCAUGACCUUCCCCAACACUGGGUUCAGACUGACAGGUCUGUAGUUUCUUGGAUCCUCUCUCCAGCUCUUUUUGUAAAUGGGUAUAACAUCUGCCAGCCUCCAGUCUGAUGGACCUUCCCCAGUCAGCCAGGAUUGCUGAUAGAUGAUGGAAAGGGGUUUGGCAAGCACCUCUGCCGGCUCCCUUAAUACCCUCGGGUGAAUCCCACCCAGCCCCAUAGACUUGUGAAUAUCUAAUUUUCCUAAGGUCUCUAACCAUUUCCUCUUGGGUCAAGGGAGCUUUGUUCUGCUCUUCCUCCGUGGCUACUGUCUUGUGAGGUUGAGUAUCCAGAGAACAUCUCACCUGACUAUUGAAGACUGAGGCAAAGAAGGGAUUAAGGACAUCAGCCUUAUCCUUGUCCCUUGUCACUAUUGUUCCUCCUGUGUCCAGUAGUGGAUGGAGAUUCUCCUUAGCCCUUUUUUUGUUAUUGAUAUAUUUCUAGAAGGAUUUUUAUUAUUAUCUUUCACAGAAUGGGCCAAUCCAACUUCUGAUUUAGCCUUUCCAAUUUUCUCUCUACAAGAUCUCACUUUGUCUUUGUUGUCCUCACAAGUUGCCUGCCCCUUCUUCCAGAGUUCACGUAUUUUCCUUCUUUUUCCUGAUUUUCAUCCAGAGUUCUUUGCUCAUCCAGGCCAUUAUUCUUCCUUGAUGGCUCAUUUUCCAGCACACAGGGACAGCUUGCUCUUGUGCCGCCAGGAAUUCCUUCUUAACAGCAGGUCCAGCUGGACACCUUCUCUAGACAGCUCACUUACCAGUUGUGUCAAGAAGUUAUCUUCCACACACUCCAGAAACCUCCUAGUAGGCUGGAACCAGUUCCUGAAUUGAGCAUAGAAGUAGCCUAAGUCUGCUAGAAUGGUGUUCCUAUUAGCUUAGGUUAACAGAAGACUGUAAUUUUCUCACUGCUUUAAAUCAAGGAGUGACUAAAUAGCCACCUCACUGUAUUUAUAACCAAGGUUUCUAAAGAUAGAUUUCAUCAUGUAGCUAUUCAUCAUAUAGCUAUUCAAAGGCACUUAAGUAGCAUCUUUUUAGAAGUAUCCAAAUUUGGGCACCCAAAGUCCCUCUACCAAGAGAAAGAGAGAGAGAAAGAGAUUCAUCCCUCAAGAGCAUUUCGGAGAUUCUGUGUUAAUUUAGCGUAUUGCAGCAUCACUGCUCCUAAGGAAUUUGGUUUAUGAUAUUUCAUUCCUUUUGGUUUAUCUGUUUGCGACAUCCUGAAAGUCUUGGGUAAAAAAGUACUGGAGUCUUUCCCAGCUAAUACUCUGCUUUUGUCUGAACGCUAACAAUAUCGUUUCUUGCUCUCAAUCAGUCACAGAGGUCAAAGUGCUGUUUCUUCCAGGAAAUGACCCCUUUGUUUGCAGAAUGAUAAGAGUUUCCUGUACAAACCAUGUUUAUUUUAAAGUCUAAGACAUUAGAGUGCAUUUCUGCCAUAAAUGUAAUAGGUCAAUACUAUUACUCCUCUUAUACGCUUAAUAUGCUGUAGAGUCUAUGGAUUCAGAGCCUUUAAGUUCCACAUAUAUGGCAAAAGUGUCAUCAAAGUCAGUAGAACUCACAUGCCUAAAAUUUAGCGAAUGAGUCUUUGCAAUGUGAGUGUCUUGCUUGUCCUUUAGAAAUAAUAAAGGAUAUAAAUAUAUGUGUGUGUAGAUAUAAUUACUAAUUGAAUUUGUUUCUUAUUCAGUUGAAGUAUUCUAGUCAGAAUAAUUUUGAAGCUCUAGGUUUAUCUGAUUGCAUGGUUGUUUCAGCUGAUUUCUUUGUCAGAAACUGAGGACUGCAAUUUAUAUAGUCCUGUGCGUGCCAGUUCCUCUGUCUACAGAGUAAGAAUCACUCUUUUCUUAUUUUAGGUUUGCUGCAGUGAUUUUCCAUCGUUUAGCUACAUGCCACAGGCCUGUGGUUCAGUUGGUUACCGGCAUCACUCAAACAGGGUGCAGCAUCGUGAAGAAUCUCUAACCAGGGGAGUCUAGAAGAACUUGUUUUCAUAAUUAAACAAAAGCCAAUUAGUAGUAUAAUUUUCUGGUCAAAGAAAUAGACACCAUUCAAUACCAAUGAGGGGAAAAAAGUCUUACGCAAAUCACUAGUGACUAUUUACUUUGUCUCAAGAGCCCAAAUGCAUUUUUAUUGAUGUAUUUUAUUGAUGGAUCCAUUUUCUAGUAGCCAUCACUGUCAUCUUCCUUCCAACCCUGCUUGCAAGGGUUUGACCAAAAUGGACAGAGAUGCAUCAUCUCAUAUUCAUAGAAUCAUAGAAUCAUAGAAUCAUAGAAUCAUAGAAUCAUAGAAUGGUUUGGGUUGGAAAGGACCUUGUCCCUGCUCCCCUGACAUUUGGCACUGACACUUUCCGCUAGAUCCGGUUGCGCAAAGCCCCAUCCAACCUUGCCUUGAACAUUUUCAAGUAUGUGGCAUCCACAAGUUCUCUGGGCAACCUGUGCCAGUGCUUCACCACCCUCAUAAUGUAGUAUUUCUUCCUAAUAUCUAAUCUAAUCUAAAUCUACUCUCUUUCAGUUUAAAGCCAUUACCCCUCAUCCUAUCACUGCAUGUCCUUGUAAAAAGUCUUUCUACAGCUUUUUUGUAGGCCCCUUAAGUACUGGGAGGCUGCUAUGAAGUGUUCCCAGAGCCUUUUCUUUAACCUCUUCUCUAGGUUGAAGAACCUCAACUCUCUCAACCUGUUGUCAUAGGAGAGGUACUCCAUCCUCCUGAUCAUCUUUGUGGCCCUCCUCUAGACUUGCUCUAACAGAUCCAUGUAUUUCUUACACUGGGUACCUUGGAGCUGAAUGCAGUACUCCAAGUGGGGUCUCACCAGAGCAGAGUACAGGGGGAGAAUCACCUCCCUUGACCUGCUGGUCACAUUUCCUUUGAUGCAGACAAGGAUACAGUUGGCUUUCUGGACUGCAAGCGCACAUUAAUGGGUCACUUUGAGCUUCUCAUCCACCAGCACUCCCAAGUCCUUCUCAGGGCUCAAUUCAUACCUCACUCAGUCUGUAUUUGUGCUUGGGGUUCCCCCUAUCUAUAUGCAGUACCUUGCACUUGACCCUGUUGAAUUUCAUGAGGUUCCCACAGGCGUGUUCUCUCAAGCUUGUCAAGGUCUAUCUGGAUGGUAUUGCUUCCCCCAGAACCACAUCACACAGCUUGGUGUAAGCAAACUUGCUGAAGGUGCCUUCAAUCCCUCUCGCCAUGUCCCUGCAAAGAUGAUAAGCAGUGCCAGUCCCAGUACAAACCCCCGAGAACACCACUUGUCACCGGUCUCCAUUUGGACAUUGAACCAUUGACCACAACUCUCUGAGUGAAAUAUCCAUCCAAUUCCUUAUGCACUGAAUGGUCCAUCCUUCAAAUCCAUGUCUUUCCAAUUUAGGGACAAGAACGUCGAGCAGGGUAAUGUCAAAUGCUUUGCACAAGUCCAGGUAGAUUAUGUCACUCUUCCAUUAUCCACCUAUGCUGUAGCCCCAUUGUAGAAGGCCGUCCAAAAUUGUUAGGCAUGAUUUGCCCUUAAUGAAUCCGUCUUCACUAUCACCAAUCACUUCCUUAUUUUCCAUGUACCUUAGCAUAGUUUCCAGGAGGAUCUGCUCCAUGGUCUUGCCAGGCACAGAGGUGAGACUGACUGGCCUGCAGAUCCCCAUGUCUUCCUUUUUCGAUAUUGGGGGUUAUGUUUCCCCCUUUCCCAGUCAAUGAGAUCUUUGCCAGACUGCCACAGAUUCUUAAAUGUGACAGAUAGCGGCUUAGCAACAUCAUCCACUGGUUCCCUCAGGACCUGCAGGCACAUCUCAUCAGGUUCCACGGACUUGUGCACCUUCAGGUUCCUCAGAUUGUUUUACUUGGCUGUAUCGUGGCUGUAUCACCGGUGCCCACGUGAAACCACUGCAGCGGACAGUAGUCAGUGGGCUGCAGAAGGUUUGACAGCCUCUUGUUGACACCCCUGAUACAAGACCCUGACAGGCAGCACACCUGUCUGGAGGGUGGAUCGAGUCAACAAGUGGGUGCGUCUCUUCCUCUGAGAAGAGAGUCAUCCUCUACUAUCACCUGGUGCUUUUUCUUAUCUGCGCUGGUGGUAAUCCAGGGGAGCAGAUCCGACUGCCUUACCUGGCUCCAGUGUCUCUCCUGAUAUGACGAGUGUUUCCUCUUCCAUCUGCAGAGCAGUGAAGCAGUUCUGCAAGAGCAGCUUAGGCUUUGAGGGAAGACUUUUUCUCCUGCUGGCCGUUGCCCUUGCAAGCUUCCUCCCUUCUGCGUGUGCUGCUGGAGAAUUUUUCAGCUGUUUGGCUGUUGACUGUGAGUCUACUGCAGACUGCUUUUGGAUUCGGCUAUCAAAUGCCUUCUCAGCCUCUCUGAUGCUACACAGCCUUCUCACUGCCUUCUGCAGCUCAGCCACUGUCCGCAGGAGCUCCUCCACCUUUUCCAGGCAGCUGUGCCUCCUGCCUUUUCCCCAGGAGAAAGGUCCGGUCACUUCCUGCAGCCUCUUCCAUCAGUAGCUCCAUCUGCAUGGAGGCAUUUGCCACCACUGGGCCACUAAAUCAAGGGGAAGAAAAAGAAGAUGGAAAAACUAUCACCUAAAGAAAGUACCUCGCUUACCUUCAACAACUGAAGAAAAUCUUCAGAAAUGUUCUAUCUGAAUAACCCUUUUACAAAUUCUAAGUCCCACUCUUUUGAUGAUCAUCAGUUUUAUACAGUACACGAGGAGAACUUUUUCAUACACUGUCCUUGAAAAGAGCUCAUGGGUUUCUGGGCCAUGUGGCAGUCCGCUGGCUGAUAGGAAAAAAUAAAAACUGAAGCUGAAAACUAAACUGAAAACGUGAGCUGGAGGCUGGGUGAGAAACUAAAUGGUCUAGGUAUGUUCUUCUGUGGAGCUGCUCUCAGACCCACUGAAUUGUUGGAAUAUAAAAGGGAAACAAAGUCAGGCAUGUUUCAAUGCACGUCUUAACAGAUUCUUCCUUCUUAACUCGGUAUCAAUUCUCAUAAAAAUAUCAGAGAAACAGUAUCUCACUGUCUGUUUGCUCCACAAGUAAAAGGUCAGGAAAUAAAUUCUCAUUUCCAGAAAACUCUAUGAGCUCUUUUAAACAAUCGUGCCAAAUGCAUUGUUUUUUGUAUGAAAAUACAAAACUUCAGCUCUUUCUUGAAUGCAAGAACACUUUGUACUGUUAGAAGUAGUUGUGAUACUCCUCAUGAAAAAUAAUCAUUAAAGAAUGUUGUAAUUCCUUUUUAUAAGCAAGCACACAUUAAUUUUUUCUUUUGAUUUUUUUUUCCCAUUUAUUUUGUGAAGUGCAGAAUGAUACUGGAUAAGUGGGUUUGUUUGUGGUCAGUUUUCCCAAAAUUAACCAAACAGGAAAAGCAUAUAGAAAAUCCUGAAAAAAUGAAUUUUUGAUAUGUGGUAAGAAUUUCUCCAUUGACUGCAGGCACUGCAAUGGAAAGAAUAAGUAUUUUCAAAACAAUGUAUAGAAAAUAGGGUAUGGAAAUUUUGGGGCAAUCUGUAUUAGCUGAUGGAAUAUCUCAAAGCAAGGGUCAACAGCCAGACAUUUUAAACAAGCUUAAAGUUCUGCCUUUCUAACAGGAUUUUGCACAAAUGCCUUGAUAUUUCUCUUUUUAUGACAAUGAGGGAGAAAAUCACUGUGGCCUAAUUAGUUCUCUGCCUGCUGCAGAAAUGCCUGUGGAUGUGCUUGUCACUGAGAAAAGAGCAGAAAGUACCAAACCAAACAGCUGCUGCUGCAGUGAUACCAAGCUGUGUUACAAAGGGAAUACUAAUAAGCCUAAAGGGUACACACUGGAGAAGGGGAGACUUUGUAUUUCAAAGUAUUUGUCAGAAAAUAGUCCCAAUACUAAAGGAGGAUCAUUAACAGUAUGGUAAAAUGUAGCUCUGUCCUGCUCGUACCAACUAUUUUCUUUCAUUUACCUAAAACUAAAAAAGAAACCAAAAUAGUUCGAAAUUGCUGUGCUUACCACUAAAUGUACAAACAGCAGAGAGUGCAGUAAUGCUGGGAACAUUUUGUAUUUUCUCACCCAAGUACAGCUGCUCUUCCAUGGCUCGUGGCAGUAUUCACCGUUAAAAUUAACUGCUUUAUGGAUGCUUGCUCUUUCAUGUUGAUUGCUGGUGGUUUAAGCCGAAAGUUGCACCCAUCCCACCAGAUCAAUGAGUAUUAUUAAAGCCUAGAAUUAACUUUAAGUUAAACUUAGUAUAUAGAUUGAAACAAAGAGAAAGGCUUUUCCUAUUUUUUCCUCCCAUUCAGGCAGAUAUGUUAGGCAGUGCGUUAAUUCCAAUUGUAAUGAUACUGCUUAGGCAAUUUGAGAAGGAAAUGAAUAAGAUGGACAGGAAGGCAGGAGGGGGAAAAUAAGCUAUUCAACUUUUCUCACGGAGGAGCAAGAACUGAGGGAACAUCCUACCUCCAGCAGGAUACUUCUUUGUUUGUUUUGGAUGUUGUUAUUCUGUUAUGUUGUUCUUAGACAUUAGGUGUGGUGGUUCCCUGCAGAAUUAUUAAUGAGAAGGAAAAUACAUGCACUCCUCAAGAGGCCCAGUGGUAUUCUGCACUUUGAAGAGCACUCUCCUUAUUUUAAAUCUUUGCAUCCGUAAAGAACAGAUCACCCAAAUGUUAGAAAUGAACGAAUCAAGAAUUGCUGCUAGUGAUUUCACGUGCAUUUCACAUGUAGCUUUAUCUAUUCUAACUGUCACUAACAUGCCCUUGUCCUCAAUAAUUGAGGAGCUAUGGUGCAUGAAACUGAAAUCAAGGAAAAUAGCCACUGUUUCUUUUCUGUGUCUUAACUAAACCACACCGGCUGCGAGUUCAUCCCGUUAUACAGGAGCACUGCAACGCCAACCCCUGUAAUUUAAUAUCAACAUUCUAAACAGGCUACUGGACAGCAGACAAUGCCGCAAAGUCCAUUCACACACAGGUUUCCUGAAGCACAAAUAAACAAAAUAAAUUCAACAACCUGAGCAAUAUGAAUUCAAUUAAUAAUCGCCUUGGUCUGUUUCCAGAGAACUUUGUUGCCAGCAGGAUGAAAAAGAAGGGAUUCAUUGGAAAACAUGGGGUUGAGCUUUAAGCCAGGAAAGAUUGUGAGGCUGCAAUGUCUUCUAGGUACAAAUAAUCUUUAGAUUUCUUUUUAAAAAUUAAACAUUCCCCACAAAGAAAAGUUGUAUAAAAUUGACUUCUAGUGGCUAUCUCAAUUGAAGAGUAUUAAUUCAAUGCACAAAUUAUAUGGCUGAAGUCUGAUUUCAGAAUUCGUAUUUCGGUCUCCAUUUAUUUUUUUAAACCUUAGGCAAAGAUAUGUUUUCAAUUGUCAGGCCACGAAAAGUGAAUAUCAGUGUAUGACACAACAGGAUCAUGUUGCCCAAACAGAAACACAAAUUGAGAGCCAAAAGAGAUGCUCAUCACAGUACCCGGUUGAAAUCAAUGGUGUUUUCUUCAUGCUGUGUCAUCUACGAAUCUGAGCUCGCUCAGGAGCAGGUGAGGCAGUUCUGAAAUGGCCCUGCAUGGCAAUAUCCUGCGCGCUUCCUGCAGUUCACAUGUACAUCAGUAGGCAUGGAUGGAUAUAUGACAAGAAUUUAUAGGACUUAAAUUAAAGGGUUGAGCCAAACAAUUGUUUUCAAUGAGAGCUUUUGGUUCUCCUCUGAGUAGGAGGAAAUCUCAGCUCAAACCAGGCAUUCAGUCAGGCAGAGAAGGAGCUAUAUCUUCUGUUUCUUCUAAAGAAUUGGUGAACUUCUUAAUGUAAGGGCUAUACUGUGUAAGACACCAGCACUAUUGACACAACUGCCUCUUUGUCACCAAUAUUUCUUUA